AUGAAUUCAUGUUCAAAUUCAAGUAACAACACACGAGACCUUCUGCGAAGACUGCAACAAUAUGCAAAGAACAUUCCAACAGAAAAUAGUCCUUUCUCACGAAUCCUGAAAAAGCGAAUCAAGCUUUCCCGGCACAGUUGCACUAAAAGAAGAACCACAUGAUAAGGGCAUGAACGAACGACACUCAAACUCACCAUGGCUACUGAAUUAAGAGAUCCUUUUUGCAAAGGAGAAGUACUGAAAUCAUCCACAAACACCACACAGGUGAACAUGGGGUUAAAGAAUAAUUGAAAUAAAGUUGCAAAUAAGGAUCAUACACCGUAAGAGAAACGAAUAAGCAGGAACUGGCAGAAAUCAAACGAAGACGAGUUCCAAACAAGUAUGUGUUUUUCCCAACCAAAACGACCACAAUUUCCAUGCAAUUCUUUCCUUGAGCGAAACGUAAAAUAUUCACAAGUCAGUGCACAUUGCUGAAGGUAGCAUCAUUCCACCGAAAAGGGUCUUUCUAACAGGAAUAGUUCUUCGGUUCGCUCUUAACGAUGUUUGGGUUAUUUUGAACCUUUUCCGUAGCCACAGUAACGCUGGCCAAUCCGAUGCAGCUGGAAGCUAAUCCGUUGCCAAAGAUACAUCUAGUGGAAGGACAUUACCUCGUUAGUAACUUGCUCCACAUUUUCCUACUAGCGACAAACAACCGACCACCGAAAGGGGUUUUCCAUCGCUUUUUGCUUCGUUUCAUUCGACCUUCGUGCUUCGAACUUUUCAUACAGCGAAGGUUGGCUUCAAAAGGGCAAAAUUCAUCCCAUCACUCUCUCAUAUAGACUGUCAGCUUUGCGGUUAUCGAUAUGCUUCGGGGUAGUGGAGAGAUUGAUAGGAACCAAAGAUUAUUUGAUUCCACAAUUUAUUGAAGACCAUUUGACAUUAUCAAUGCAGGUAUAGUUUACCUUUUCCCAGCAUUAAUUGCAAGUCUUUUUUUUUUGUUCUCAAAUAGCAAUGAUCUGAACGUGUUCGGUGCAAUGGAGAGAUAUUCUCCUCGCAUUCUUGUGCUUGGCAGUGCCAAUUGAUCUUUGAUAGGAAAUAAUGGUUGGAAACGUAAAACGUUUCAAGUAAAGUGUUGGUCCAGCGAAACGGCCAUUCUCCAAUUGCAUUGAACUGCGCGUUCCUUCAAACACCGUUCCGAAGUAGGACAUCACAAAAUGACAGACACUAAUCGCAGCAAACAGAGCUAUCUGCACAAACACAACGGAAAGAUCGAUCCGCAAUCAGUGCAAUCCCCACCGGGACAGCUCUCGACAGGCUCGAACACUACCGAACAUGGCCGUGCAGCCAGCCAUACCGGGGGUUCCCUGAAACGUAACAAUAGUCAUCAUCAGCGGUUGAAAAAAUCAAACACAAGCACCCUGGAACGAACCUCUAAUGGUGGCCCCGUGGAGUACGGAGCGGAUCGAACUGGUGGCAGUUUCAGCCAUCAUCAUCAUCAGCAACAGCAACAACAGACCGGAACGACCGCUACGAGAUCCGGCGCCGGUUCCAGUCUAGCCAAGAGCUGGUCGAAAACAUCCAGCAGCAGCACCUCGCAAUCCACAUCGCAUGGUCCGGCGGAGCAAACAUCACACCCACUGGACACAGCGGCCAGCAGUGGUCGACCUCCGGGGACAAAUUUAACACCCACCGUCGUCAAAACGGAAGCAUCGCUCAGUGACGAUUUUAAACGCUUCCACACACUACGCAACAGCUACGGCGGCAAAUCCAAUUUAAAUGUAAAUAACACCGACCAAACGAUAAAAUCGCAGGUCCUGCUUCACCAGCAAAAGCUGCGAGAGUACUCGCGACAACUUCCAGCACAGCAACAACAGCCGCACCAUGACAACGAUAGCUACUCAACCUGCUCCUCGUCUCAGUCGGACUACCAGCAUCCCCAGCAACCGCAGCAUCAUCAGCAGCAGCAGCAACACCAUCGCCACAAGCAUCACACACACUAUCGUGUACAUCACCAUCAACACCAUCAGCAGCAGCAACAGCAGCAGCAGCAGCAGCAUCCCAAUGUCCAGCUGGCUCAGACCAUCUACCCCAUCUCUGCCACGGUCGCCGCAACUGCCACAUUGACACGCGCUGGCGGUGGAGGUUCGAUAUUGAAAAAUGCCAACAGCAGCACCAGCCAUCAGGACCCGGUCGGCAGCCGGAACAGCCUCAAACGAGGUCCGGGUGGAUUAAGCACGCUGUCACUCUGCAGCUGCGACGCGGAAACGGAGAUAAUACCAAAUCCAUUAAGGCCAUUAUAUCAGUACAGCCUGGACAGGAGAAAUCCUCGCCAACACACCUACACGUGCGAGCAGAACGCACAGAUUCUGCUGCGACUGGAAAAGGACCGUCAGAAGAAGUUCGGCUCCAUGGGAAAGUUGCAUCUCACCACAUCAACCGGCGACUUGAGUGUAGCACCCGCAGCGAUGCAACGACACUCGAGCAUUACGGGUGCAUCCGUACCGACCUCUUCCGUUUCGACUCCCACUCCAACGCCUCCUCCGCCGGCUGCUCCCACUGGGCCGGCCGGAAAAGUCAGCGGAAAUGCGUGUAAGGUGGCCGCCAACGUGCUCACAUUCGACUGCCAGCAUGGAUCGUACUCUCGGGGUGAUAAUUAUACGGAGGACGACUCGUACAGUGAAGACAUGAUACCACCUCCACCACCGCCACUACUCAACCGGCGCCCUUCCUACGGAUACGGCUGUGUGGUGCAGCAACCUGUUGCAUCCGGACCGGAACCGACACACGCAGACCAGCAGCCAAUGUACGAUCCGACCGCCCAGCCCGCCAUACCUCCCGCCAACGUCGACGUGUACGGUCGUGAAGUGGACGGACUGAUUGGAACUAUGAAUCAGCCGGAUCUCUUCAACUUUGCCUCCAACACAAACGGCUCGUUGAGUGGGACACUAAAGUCAACAUUGAAAUCCGCCAAAUCGUCGACAAACGGUAAAACAACUUCCGGCUCAUUGCCCAUGCCCGCCGAUGGCAAGUCGAAGAUGAACGACCCACUUCCCGUUAUGAUGGUGGACCUGAUGAACGGUAACGGAACGGUCGCACCACCGCUUCCGAAUGGAACUGACCCGACCGGCACGAAGCCAUAUCCGCCUUACUAUUUCGAUGAUAAUUAUCUGCAUCACCACUACUACUACCGGAAUGGGGAGACCGGUGCGGAUGUGCCACUGAAGGACGCUGGGCUGGAUGCAGCGGGGCAGAUGUAUCUCUACCAUCAGCACCAUCACCAUCCGGACGCGGUCCCCGCUGGCUACAUUACCAACUACGAUGCGCUGAAUCUUCCCGCGAAGUACAACACCAUCGGAGCGAAUGGAGAUUUACCACUGGCGGGACACUUUUCCGGGCUGGCGGGAGGCGGUGUCGGUCACCAUGCAAGUUCCUGCAACAUCAAUCAGUACUCGGGCUCGACCAAAAGCAACCUCAUCGCUUCGCACAACCAUCACUUCUCCAACUCGAUCAGCAACUUCAACUUUAAUCCCUCGCAGUACUUUGGUUCGGCGCUGGACCCUCCACCCGGGACGACCAUCAUUCCUGGCGGCGUGAUGGGAGGGGUGAUGGGUGGUGGUGAUGGGUUUCCUUCGUCCUGCAGCCUUAACGGAACGCCCAACAAACAGCAGCCGCAUCCGUGGAAACAUCGCCAGUGUCCGAGUCGAGGUUCGAGCAGUUACCGGUUCCGGAUCAUCAAAAUAGAGAAACUAAUCAAACACCAUUUGCACCAUUCGCCCGUCCAUCCGCUUCCAGAGUGGGAUCUUCCUUCGAGACAGUGGCUUGCGGUGACCUCCAUACUUCUGAUUGCCGGAGCAGCCGGAGUAGCCGUCCCACUCGCGCUCAAGGUUUCGUCCGGUGCGCCCCUCGAGGAGCGGAUGCAGGUCGCUACCCAGCUGCUCGACACAGUGCCUUUAAUCGAUGGUCACAACGAUCUACCGUGGAACAUACGGAAAUUCCUUCACAAUCAGCUAAACGAUUUUCGAGAGUGGAAGGACGACUCGUACAGUGAAGACAUGAUACCACCUCCACCACCGCCACUACUCAACCGGCGCCCUUCCUACGGAUACGGCUGUGUGGUGCAGCAACCUGUUGCAUCCGGACCGGAACCGACACACGCAGACCAGCAGCCAAUGUACGAUCCGACCGCCCAGCCCGCCAUACCUCCCGCCAACGUCGACGUGUACGGUCGUGAAGUGGACGGACUGAUUGGAACUAUGAAUCAGCCGGAUCUCUUCAACUUUGCCUCCAACACAAACGGCUCGUUGAGUGGGACACUAAAGUCAACAUUGAAAUCCGCCAAAUCGUCGACAAACGGUAAAACAACUUCCGGCUCAUUGCCCAUGCCCGCCGAUGGCAAGUCGAAGAUGAACGACCCACUUCCCGUUAUGAUGGUGGACCUGAUGAACGGUAACGGAACGGUCGCACCACCGCUUCCGAAUGGAACUGACCCGACCGGCACGAAGCCAUAUCCGCCUUACUAUUUCGAUGAUAAUUAUCUGCAUCACCACUACUACUACCGGAAUGGGGAGACCGGUGCGGAUGUGCCACUGAAGGACGCUGGGCUGGAUGCAGCGGGGCAGAUGUAUCUCUACCAUCAGCACCAUCACCAUCCGGACGCGGUCCCCGCUGGCUACAUUACCAACUACGAUGCGCUGAAUCUUCCCGCGAAGUACAACACCAUCGGAGCGAAUGGAGAUUUACCACUGGCGGGACACUUUUCCGGGCUGGCGGGAGGCGGUGUCGGUCACCAUGCAAGUUCCUGCAACAUCAAUCAGUACUCGGGCUCGACCAAAAGCAACCUCAUCGCUUCGCACAACCAUCACUUCUCCAACUCGAUCAGCAACUUCAACUUUAAUCCCUCGCAGUACUUUGGUUCGGCGCUGGACCCUCCACCCGGGACGACCAUCAUUCCUGGCGGCGUGAUGGGAGGGGUGAUGGGUGGUGGUGAUGGGUUUCCUUCGUCCUGCAGCCUUAACGGAACGCCCAACAAACAGCAGCCGCAUCCGUGGAAACAUCGCCAGUGUCCGAGUCGAGGUUCGAGCAGUACCGGUUCCGGAUCAUCAAAGUGGGAUCUUCCUUCGAGACAGUGGCUUGCGGUGACCUCCAUACUUCUGAUUGCCGGAGCAGCCGGAGUAGCCGUCCCACUCGCGCUCAAGGUUUCGUCCGGUGCGCCCCUCGAGGAGCGGAUGCAGGUCGCUACCCAGCUGCUCGACACAGUGCCUUUAAUCGAUGGUCACAACGAUCUACCGUGGAACAUACGGAAAUUCCUUCACAAUCAGCUAAACGAUUUUCGCUCAACUCCGUGGAAGAGACUUUCCUUCGUGUGCAUACGUGUCCUGGUUGAACUGAGGUUGAACGAUGUUGUCCUAGAAUCCAAGAUUUCUGUCAGUUAUCUAGAUUUGCAAACAACUAAAGCUCAGGACUUUUGUCCUGCUCAUUUCUAUCUGUUUGUUAUAUGGCCCAGUUUUCCAUUCGUUCACUCUCAAUCGAUUUUCUUGCAAAGUUUUAUUACUAUCUUUUUAUCUCUUGGAACGCUUCACCGUGUCUUCAAAUUACACGUAAAAUGGAGCAAAGAUUCAAAUUGCAAUCUUCAUAAAACCUUUAUCAUAAGUUACUGUAGCAUAAUCCUAUUCUCUCUAACAAGUUUGCUAUUUUUUAUGGCGUACUCAUUUUUUUUUCUCCAUUACUAUUGACUUCAGUACCUAGCGUUCGUAUUUCUUGUACCGAAUUUAUAGAAGCAAUAACUUAUCACACCCCAGCCAUCGCCGACCGUAAAAGGAGAGAAAAUGUUAAACCCAUUAACACGACCCUGUACGCGAAGGGCACACUGUUGAUUGAAAAAUAAUGUAAAUUAAUCUCUCUCGCCCGCGCUAAGAAGCUUAUCAGAAGCACGGCUGCUCGGGCCAACGCCCAGAGCCCGCCCGCCCAGAGCCCGACAAAAGGUGCAAGAAUGGCGAAGAAAGAUAAAAAUCAAAGUGAAAAAAGGGCAGCUGUUGUAAACGAAAUUGGAAAAAUACGCUCCUGUGCGUUGCCCUACCAUUUUUUUUGCAAUGGGUUAAAGCAAUGCAAAUUACCUUGCUCCGCAUCAGCGCCAAACCGCUCGACCGAUCAGCCGGAAGUGCCCGGCACACCGCUGCUCCGGUUGAUGAGAAGCAGUUUUAUUGAACUUCUUCGACCGCCUUUUUUACCGCUUUCUUGCUGAUGGCUUUGGUGGAACCAGAGAGUGGAAGGUGCGCGCACAGCUUUCGAAUCACUUUCUACUUCAACGCUUCAUAGCGCCAUGGCACGCGGGGCAGCACCCGCGGAGGGUGGCGGAUGGAUCCGUCGGUUUCAAUGUUUCAAAGCGAGGCAAUAUUAAUUUACUCUCCAUCGAUUCGUUAAAAGAAUUUCCCAUCCUCCCCCAAUCAUUGUGAAAUUCCCGUACCGUGGAACGUGCCGAAGGCUGUGCGUACCAGGAUUGCAUUCAAUUAAUUGGAUAACGUUAACCUUUUUGCCUGGGAAAUGAGAUAGCAGAUCCGGUGACCAAGGGGGCCUUCGCUGGAAUUUGUAAAAGAACAAACAAAAUUGCUGUCCCCUUUUUCGGACCUUCGUGCUCGAGCGAUAAAAUAUACAAUUUAUGUACCGAUUACCGAGUUGCAGGUAGCGCGUUAGAGGUAGAGCUUUUAUUAAAAGUAAUACAAUAAUGAGAAAUCUGAUCUUCAUUGCCCCUAUGACGGAACCUACAGUUUAUCUCCAUUAGUUUUGCUACCAUGCCACAGGCUGUGCUACAAUAGACAUUGGACAUCAAUCAAUCCCGAUUACUUUCAUUUACGGCUAAAUGUGCUAAUCAAGUACCUGUUUCUAAUCCACCUAAUGCACCGACUACGAGACAAACAAUAAGAUGGCCAUUGGUCUGAACGAAACGAUUAUCGCAUCAGGACGCAAUAGCGUCGUCGUAGUCGCAUGAUAACGAAUUAAUUGAUGUUAAGUGCUGGACAACAAUGCCCGAGAGCGAUAAAAGGAUUUAAUGGACGUUUCCAUUGCGACUGCUGAUCGCUGAUGUAAAGCUAAUCGAAUGGUAAGUGCCGUUUAUUUAGCUUAGGAUGGAGACUUUAUUUGCUUCAUUAGUAAGUUCUUAAAAUGCCACUUCGUUAGGAGCGAUGCAAUAUAAGAGUUUGACCUUCGUUUAAGCUUUUCGAUGUUGUCCGGUUCUUUGAGCACAUUUCGUUUAACAAGAUGUAAAGCAUCAAAACACGGCAUGUAAUGGCAUUGAAGUCAUUUACAAUUUUACAUACCUUAAUCAUCUAAACCUAUUACUAAAAUAAAACCAUUUUCAAUAGGAUUUACAUCGCCCCGACAGCGUAUAACGUUGACAUUAAUUUACUUGUGCCUUUCUCGUUAUCUCUCUCUGUCUCCCACGUGACCCAUUCAACUAUGUUCAUUAAUAGGUGUUGAAGGUGGUGGCCCUCUGAGUACACAGUAUAUAAUGCAUUCUCUUCCACCCGGUCCAAAACCUUGUGGUCCGAUUCGAUCAAUGCGGAUGCACCAAAGUAUGACGUGCGGUCGACGGUGGACUUCACGGUUCACGGCAAGGUAAUGGUCUAUCAUUUUCCAUAAUUUGUCCCCCCACGACGCAAAGGGCCCUUGCAAAUAGAAUUUCAUUUUCACGCCAACUCUUUGAACGGCUGCAAAAUAUAAUGCUCCCCGAUGAAUCGGACCUACACGCGACCGAGCUUCUUUCUAAUCUGCUGCACACCUUCAAUCGUUAUGCCAUAAUUACAGUCCAAGCGCUCCACGGGGACCAUAAAAGAUAAUUAAGAGAUUACUCACGGUUGGCCGGAAUGGAUGGACGGCCACGUCCUUGUGGCGACUGCUGCAUGUGAUGUGCUCGCUCGUGUGGCCAUCGAAGAGUUAAACACCCGCAUUUUCCAAAAUUGCGAAAGGAUGGCCAGUGGCAUCGAACGCAGUAUCAGCAGCAGCAGCAGCAGGGAGUCAUUGUGGUUCCAUCGGUUGGGCCAAACCUUGGAAUUGGAAGCCAAAAUCACUUAUGCACUUUCCACUGGAACUGGCAAUGGAGUGUCCUUUUGUGGUGUAACCGUCGAAGCUUGGUCAUAUGGGUCUACCCACCUGCCUUUCGUUCUGGUCUAUGCACUUCGAUGAUAUAGAUGCUCCUAAGUACCAUGCACCAUGAUUUUAAUACAAAGAGAAUAGAUUACAUUUUUCAUUCCAAUUGCACAAAAUCAGUGACUACGAAGCGAAGCGAUAUGAAAGAAAAGUGCAUUAAGCUUUAAAAGCUUUAUGGAACGACCUAAGAUCCUUUGUAAAAAAUCCUUCAAUCGACUGAUGUUACAAAUGAAACAAAGUGCAUAUCAUUAUGUCGUAUGUACUAAUUGCACUUCAAUCGACGCCAACUUCAAACACAAACUAGUUAUAACUGCACGAACACAAAUAAUAUGUCUCGUGCCUUCCCCAAAUUUGAUAAUUGUUAGCUAAAAGGCAAUCAAAACCAUCAAGCAACUAUCUAAUUUGCAUCAGCAAUCAAUUUGUUGCGUCCUCAGAAACACUAAGUGCUACCUCCACGAAGCAUACUUCAUUCCGUACCGUACUACCCCGCCGAUUUAAUCACACUUCUGACGACCUUCCCGUUGUGCCACAGCGUGCCACAAACACCAGGACACUUUUGAAUAAUACCGCAAACUUAACUGGUUAAUAGAGAGCAUCGUUUUGCAGAAACAGCGGUAGUCUCCCUUUCCGCCAGUGCUGGUGCUCUCCGUGUAGCGCGUCUGCGUAACACAGAAAGGGUCGGAGUAGUAAUGAAAAUGUAUUCAGCAUCCUUCAUUGCUACAUACCGUUCCGGCAGGACCGAACGUUCUGUACACGCAUCCCUCCCUCGACCAUUCAAUCCCACGGGAAUGGCUGCAAUAAUAGAAGACAAGGACACAAUCCUAGUCUUGAUUGCUGGGGAGAGAGUUGGCGCAAAAGCACCGACAAAUUGGGGAUCUUGUUUCUGUUGAAUUCUGUACCCUUGAUUCCUCUUCCCCUGCUUUUUGUUGGUUUAAUGAGGGGUUAGAAAUAGGCCAAAGGGACAAAUUAAAUAUUAUUGUUUAAUUUCUUUUCAGCCAAACAUGCGCCAUCUUUUGAUCGAAAGGAUUUCGCAAAGACCUUAUUCCUAUUGCUCACAAAGCUUACACUGUAGCUGUGAUUUACGCGAUGAAGCAGACUAGAUACGUUAAAGCACAUCAGUCCAGAACUUUCCAGACAAAUGCCUCAAUAAGCUACACAUUUAUCGGCCCAUAUUAUUCCAAUCCAACUUCAUCCAUCUUGUUUGCCCGACCUUUGAUGACUUCUUACAUCAGCUUUCGGGCAACGAGAAGCAUACGCUCGGGAUGUCAUUCGUUCUGUCCUACCGAACCGUUCUGCCCUACACGCCACUAGCGAAGAAGGUUAAACCAGGCCAACCAUCUGCAGUCCUCGCUGCUUUUGCCGUACACCGAGAGCCGGUUCACAAAAAUCCCACAAAAACUAACUAUCCACACGACCACAGAUGCCCGUACGGCAUCCGGAUUUGACAAUAAAAAUUUCGAGAAAGAGAGUUCUGACACAGAGAGAGAGUGAAAGAGUGUGGUAAGGGUGAUAGUGGCGCAGUGAGACGUCAACGAAAGCAGCAGAAAUUGCUAUAUUGGUAUCUGCAACGUAGAAUAGGAAAGGCUCGCACAAAUUGCUGCGGAUGGACUGGACGUAACUUUUGCCUUUGCUUUUGAGACACAUUUUGGGCACAUUUGGACGUACUGCAUAACUGGCUGCUUAUAUUAGGUCUCUUUCCAUGCCUUAUUAGGGUUACUAUUUCAUUUCAAAAUUUCACUUUUAAUUGCCUAAUUUUCUCAUAUAUUUAAGCUCUCCAUUAAAGUUGCACAUUUAAAGAUGGGACUCACAGCACGGUUCCUCGCUACCAAACGACAUUUCAAAGUAUUCCCGACCCCGAAGCAUAUGUUUCCCGCUAAUUUGAUUGUUUUUAAUAUUACAAAACACACGCUUUUACACAUUAAUUUCACAUUUCUCGACACGUUUUCGUAUCGUUUGCCCAUCGUGCCCCCAUAGCGACACGUGUUUUUUGAAUUAAAUAAACCGGGAAUUCUUCGAAAACGCGGUGCGUAUGCAAAUUGCAUACAAAUGCGCAGAAAACAAUUUGUAUUGAUUGUUAGCUAGAGCAACGGGUUUUCCGGUAGGCGCACGACAUACUUUUAUUUCGCAGCGAUACAGCGCUACACUGUGCAUGUGUAAUUAACAUAUGUUUCCCUCUAUCCGCGUUUUCCAGCUCCGGGAACAAAUGUUUAAUCAUUUUUGCACAACUCCAACACACGCUUGAAAGGAACGCGAAUCAGAAGCCAGAGAACGGGAUCAAAUACUAUCCUUGGAGCCGGUUCCGUGAAUGUUAGGUAACCUACUUAACCUUUCACCUCGUGGAAUUGUGAGCUGUGUGAAAUGGAACAGUCUUUUUUUCAUUAAAAUUAUGUCACUUCCACGCAGUUACUUCGCGGUAUGUCGCAAUUUGUAUUACAUUUUCGUUUCCACUUUUCCUGAAAAGCUUAAAACACAAAUCAGCGUAGAAAACCUCGCCGUACAAAGAGACACGGACACGUGUAGAGAGUCCUUGAGCUGACAAGGAAGAUGCAAAGUAAAGCGGCUGAACACGUCCACACUACCACUGUCCACUGUGUCUAGUGUCUAGGACUUCCAGGCUUAGUACGGAGCAGGCCUUGUCGUGUCAGCUCGGUGGUCAUGGUGAGAAAGUACCAUAAUGUUUCAUGGCUUACUGGGAGAACAAAAACAAAACCUUACUCUGCACACCAAAAACUCAUCGUCGGUGUGUCGGUGUCGGUCCCACUCCGCUUCCGGAAUGCAGUCCAGUUUGCCAUAAAUUCCCAUUUGUAUUCCAAUUUAAAGUUGAUAACGUUCGCUAUCCUUUUCUUUGUCUGUUUUCCCCCCCACACAGGCACACGUGCGCUGCAAACCACAGAGCGAUUGUUCGCGAAAAAUGAAACCAGUUUCAGUGACAGUUUUCGGUCUGGAUGAUCUGCACUGUCAAAAAAUGGGUGACGAAAAGCGUGUCCUCGGCGAUAUGAUCCGUUCCCGAAGAGCGGUAAGUAAGCGGAUUUUGGGCAGCAUUUACUACCCUCGUUUUUUGUCUUUCUUCCCUUCCCAUCAGCUCCACUUCAUCGUGGGAUUGAAUCGGUCGUCAUCGCGUUGUGUCCCUAUUGAUUUAUUGAAGCUUGACUUCGAAUAUGUGAUCCAUCAUGGUGUUCGUUUCGGUCGCAUUCUCCGCAGGUUGAAAGUUCCAUCAACAUCCAUUGGUAAACGAGGCGCCAAUACGUGAAAACCCUGAACUACACCAUAAAUGAACCACAUAAAAGGGAAGCUCACCUUUCGCGCGAUGCUAUCGUGCUAUCGGAUCCGUUUCCAUAGAAUAGUGAACAUUCCCGAGAGUUUCAUCCUAGAAAAGUCGCCUAUUGAUGGUUUAGCCGACAGUUUCAUCAAUUGUGCUCCCAUCGGAAGUCGGAAAUCGGAUCCGGCGGCAUAAUCCACAGAUCAGGCAGACAAAUCUGGUUUUGUUAAAACCCGAAAUCGGAUUGUAAUUUAGCGCCUGUUUGAAAACUAGAACAAUGCAGUGCAUUAGUGAAUUGUUUCCUGUAAAGUGUGAAGCUGUAAAGCUUUGUGAAGCAUUAGUUUUGGGUUGAAGAGAUAAGGUAAGUAAACUAAA